CCGUCCAAGGUCUUAGUCUUCAGAGUUUCUAUCCUUCAGGAGUUCUUAUCAAGUACCACCCUACGCUUCUUCAUUUGUUCUACCACGCUCACGAUGUCCGCCCAAGAUGUGGAACAAUACGAGUACCAGCUAUCUCAGGUCACCCAAGCCCUUGAGGCGGAUCCAGGCAAUAAGGAGCUUCAAUCACUGAAGGCGGAGUUAUCGGAUCUUAUUACGCUUACGAAGUCAUACCUUACUGAGGCGAGCAAGGGAGCAACACCGACCGAAACCUCGAGCUCCAGAUCCGCGUUCAAAAGUACAAGUCAGCCGGCGAAGACAAGCGAGAAGGAAUCGUUCAAGGUUGGCGACGAGGUCAUGGCGAAAUGGGUUUCCGGAGACAAAGAAUGGUACCCGGCUAAGGUCACUGUUGUAUCAGGCACCGAAGGGAAAUACGUCUACACAGUCCAAUUCACACAAUAUGGUACCAUCGAAACCCUCCCACUAGGGAACAACAUCCGACCCCUUGACGCAUCCCGAAAACGCGCCUACGAAGACUCAACACCCGUAUUCACCUCCUCAACCGGGCCCGAACGGAAAAAGAAGGUGUUGGAGUAUAAGGAACCGACCAUCAAGAAACCCAAAGCUCCCCCGAAGGCCGAACUCGAUGCGGGUAAAAAAUCGUGGCAGGCGUUCGCGAAUAAGGUUGGGAAGAAGAAGGGUGUCAGAGUGUCAGGAGACUCGAUGUUUCGGACGCCGGAUUUGGGGGGGAGGGUUGGUGUAGUGGGUAGUGGGAAGGGGAUGACGAAAGACGCGGGGACGAGGGGGAAGCAUGUGUAUCAGCUUGAUGGGGAGAGGGAUGAUUGAGGGAGGUUUGUUGUGAGGAAUGUCAUGGCUUCGCUGGGUGUCGAAGAAGGGGACCGGUCACUAUGAGAUGGGAGUAUGCCGGCGUUGUUGAGUAAUGGCAACAUUAUGGUUAGCUCGAUUCGACGUGCACUACCCAUCCAGGGGAAGAGUUGAUUAGUAUAGGUAUCUUCUAGUUUCCCGAUCGUGUGUGCAUGGUCGUUGCCGAGGACGAGCUCGAGUCCAUGAGUGUGCCCUUCUUAGGUAGUUACAUGCAUAGCUC